UGCCCGAGGAACUCGGACAGCAGCCUUUCAAGGCUUCACAUCAACGACGUAGAGGGCGGCCAGGCGAGGAGCAACGACGCUCAAUAAUAUACGCGCCAGCACAACAGGAAGGAGUCGACGGCUCUUUGGUGAAUUUGAGCGGCCACUGCGCUCGAUCCGGACUGCCUCGCAGCCGCAGAUGAAGGUUGCUAUCGCACAUGCCGGGCAUUGCUCUACGUACCCAUCUACCUAGAUAUAUCUAUUCCCUCUCCAAAGCACGGCGCGCACAACUCGACGCCCGGCAAUUCGACGCUACCGCCAAACGACGCCGAUAUCCACAACUCGCGACGCGCAGAAGGAAAGUGCCGAAGCUGUCGAGCGAGCGCGGCCCGACCGUCCGGCAUACCUACCUCUCGACGCGCUCUCCAUCCGCCUAGGUAACCAGCUCACUGGAUAUCUUAAGCUAUCGUCGCACACCUCGGUGGUCUGCGCGUGUGUUUACUGGGCUUGUUUGUAGCACGUAGCUCCGCCAUCGUCCGAGGUUGAACUCGGGUGUCGCAUCUCUUGCGCCGUCGAAUCCGGACACGAUAGCCUACACGUUCCCACAUACAACUACCUGCCACCUGCCCAAGCCUCCUUACAGCUUCGGACCCUACAUACCUUUAGCCUCGGCGCUCCUCUACCUACUAUUGCUUGAGACCCACCUCGCGCCUGCGCCCCGGACCGCUUCACACCUCACGUCGUCCCGAAAGCUUCUGAUUGCUCGGCUGUGUGCACGUUUGGACGGCUGGGCGACUGGUCUUUGCGCGCGGGUGGUCGGGUGGUUCACUGGCCACUGCCGGGUGGUGCCUAGGGCGGAAGACACCGCACCCGACCGGAGUCUCUCCUCAGGUCCAAAAUCAAGCCGCCCGCCAGAGAUGACCUCAACAGGCUACGCUCCGGCCAGGGCUGACAUCCAGGCUCUUGUGACCCUGGUGAACAGCAAUGCGCUCUUAAACCGUCAGCUGGCGAGUAUCUGCCAGCUCAACGGCCUGCGCGCCUCGGGUGUGAAAGCCGACCUGCAGCGGCGUAUAGUGUCACUCAUACAGGAUUCCGCCACAGAUCAGCUCAGCUUCGGCCAGGUCCGCGCCAGCAUAGAACAAGUCCGCAAUAAUAGCCAGAACGGGAAGAGUUAUUCGGGGAAUCAGCUACAGCAUGCGGCCUCACACGCCGCGCCACCCCAGCCUUCACAUCAGCAGCAGCACCCCGUCCAUCUGAACAGCUCUGGCUCUUCGGCCUCGCCCCGAAGCUCCAUGCCCGUGUACGCUCAGGCCCGAGGCUACCCUGCCUCGACAACUCCGGGAGCGUCGUACACUGCAGUGACCCAGAACGACAGGUCCACGCUCCCGAUGCCGCAGUCCAUCAAUAGCUUGUUUUCCUUCAAGCCAAGCCCGUUUUACGAGCCAAUCAGCCUCUUGACUGAUAUCAAGACAUGUGAUCCGGCGAUUAUGACGAACCGUAGGACGGUUACCAUCACUAUCGCGGCACAUGAGUUGCUGAGGCAUCUCACGGAUCCUUCCGUCAAGAUCAUGGCCCUCUGCGCUUUGGGCAACACUGGUGUUCAGGAGAUAGCAUUUCCUCACCAGUCGGAGCUCAAGGUCAACGGCGCAGACGUCAAGGCAAACCUGCGCGGGCUCAAGAACAAGCCUGGGUCGACGAGGCCUGUCGACAUCACCAGCUUGCUCCGCCACAAGCCCUCGAGCUACGUCAACAACAUCGAGUUUGCGUACGCCUUGACCAACAAGAAAUUCUACCUUGGCAUCUACGCUUGCAAGUCGUACUCUGUUGAUAGUCUUGUUGGCCGCCUUCGGACCGGCAAAAAGAUUUCGAGGCAGUCGGUGGUAAACGAAAUCACUCGGAAGGCAAGAGAUACCGAGAUCGUAACAACGUCUCAAGUCAUGUCCAUGAAAUGCCCCCUCUCAUGUAUGCGACUUCAACUUCCUGUGAGAUCCGAGGCAUGCAAACACAUCCAAUGUUUCGAUGCCACCUCAUAUUUGCAGCUCCAGGAGCAGGGCCCGCAAUGGCUGUGUCCCAUCUGCAAUCAGUCAGCUCCGUUCGAGAGGCUGGCAGUCGAUGACUAUGCAAAGGAGAUUCUGGAACAGACGGCAAAGUCGGUCGAGCAGGUGAAGAUCGAGCCUGACGGCGAGUGGCGCCUGGCGGGGGCUGAAGCUGAGGAGAUCAAGGACGAAGAACCUGAGAACAGCUUCAAUCUCGACGACGACGAGGUCGUAAUAUCCGACAUCAGCUACUUCGGCGGCCGCAGCACAGCAACGCCAGCCCGGUCACACCAGAUGCCGAGCACCCCCAACACAAACAUGGGAGUGUCUCGAGAGGGCUCAUCGAUGCCGCGGUCUGCGCAGUCUGCCGGAACCAAGCGCCCUGCGCCCGACGUUAUCGACCUGACUGGGUCGGACGACGACGAACCCUCAGCACCUCCGCCCAAGCGACAAAAUACCGGCGCCAACGGCUACUACUAAUGGCCUUUGGUGGUUGGUUGAGGUCUGAUCGUAGGGGUUUUUUUUAUUUGGAUGUACAGUAACGCUGUCGCAGGGGGCGUCUUGCCAUGCCAUGCGCUGCAAUUAACGGCAGAAGCCCAAGCGACAGCACCCAGAAGAAAGCUGGGCUCGGAGAAGGAGGUGCAGAUUUCACGCCGACGGCGGUAUUCUUUCGCGAGCAGGGACCCUCUCGUGUUUUACAAAGCAUUGCAGAUCUGGUUUUCUUUGGGAGCCUGGCGAGGAGUUUUGGUUUUGCGUCAUGUCUUUUUGUUUUAUAAUCUCUCCACAGAGUCUUUGCUAGGGAGCUCUUUUGACAGGACUUGAUAGCUCCUGGUCAAAGGUCACCCCGGUGGAAUGCCCCAAGCAAUCUAGACGGGCAUGUCGUUGCCGGAUUCCUGGGUGUUGGGGGGUCUCCAAUCGGCUCAUGGAUAAAAAAAAAGGCCUUUUCUCGUAGAUUACGUUGGUAGAGGUAGGUAGGCAAGCAGCCAGUCCAGGUGCCGAACGCGGUGUAAGAAAUGAUUUUAUGACUUUUUUUUUCAAGCUCG